AAUUGUUGAUCAGAGAAGAAACAAUGAAACAUAAUGGGAAAGAUCAAAAUCUUUCAUUGAACUAAACAAACAGUCUAUCUAACCUGAACAAUGUCUUUAAAUACAAACAACUAAACCAAUUGUCAAAUCAAUAACCAAUAACCAAACAGUUUGAUACCAAAGAUAAACCAGUGGAUAUAACAUAACUUCUAAAUUUCAUUUUCAUAUCACCUCACUUAAGAGUUUAAUCGACAAGAUUAGACAUGUCGAGUGGCUCGAGGUUCUGACUUAAACCAAUAAGAUUCAUUGCAUUUGAGAUCAUUAAUUAAUUUCACACACCAAGAAAAACCGGACCGGGAUGAAAAUUUGAUUAAACCGAUAUUGGUACUACAAAAAGCUUCUCCUUUUAAUGGAGACUGAGACAGUGGAAGAGUCACUCACUCACUCAUCAAAAAUGGCGGAAAAUGUUGGAAGCGACUCGAGCGAAUUCGAAAGCAUCACUUCUUCUCAGAAAUCUUACCUCAAAAACUGUCCUUUCGCCGGUCACGAACCUCUUCCGACGAAAUCGACGGAUUCCGACAACACUGAGGUUCUCGGUAACAAGAUUUCUCCGGCGGUUGUUAAAACUCCGGUUCUUGCGUUCUCUUCUCCGACUAGCCUCGAUUCCAUCAACGAUGAAGUCUUUCGUACUCCUCCUGAGAACGCUUCUCUCUCCUCUGCCGCUGAAUCGGAACCCAGAGUUAGGGUUUCGGAGAUUAAGCUCCGAGGAGGUUCGAAUUUGACAACUCCGUCUUCUCAGGCCAAAACAAUGCCUGUUUCUGCUUCACCGUCGAUAAAUGUUAGGAUAACGCCUGUUUCUGCUUCACCGUCGGAAAAAGUUAGGGUUUUUGAGACGAAAUGUCCUUCUGAUUCCGUUCCUUUGUCUUCUCCGCCGUCUGUUGCUGCCGACGAUGUUAGGGUUCCGGCUAAGCAUCUUGAUUCUGAUUCUUCUCCUCCUACUGCAAUCGGAAGAACCAUGGGUUUGGUAAAACAACUUGUUUCUACUUCCGUGAGUCUCGAUUCUGCUUCUUCGUCUGCAAGUGAAGGAAUCAAGAUCUCUAAAACUGAAGAUUCUGGUGGAGUUUUGCCAUUUAAAGAGAUCAUCGAAGCACUUCUUCGUAACAGUGGAGAGAAUCACAAAGAAAGAGAUGAUAAAGUUAGCUAUGUUGAGAUUCUCAAACAAUGUGGUUUGAAAUUCCCUAAAUGAUUACUGAUUUAGUAAGUAUUCUUUGCUUUUGUCUCUUUCUCUGUUUUUAGCUUGUUCUUGUUGUUUCUGUUUCGGGAUUACGCAUUCAGAUCUUUCCU